UUUUAAUCUUUCGUGUUCUAUAAAUGUAAGGUACAUCAAUGGGAUGUUCUCACAAUUCUGUUAACAUUGAACACAGUGUUUAAAGUUUGGUUUGCCUAAACGAAAAACGUGAUCGCUUUAAAUUUAAGAUAUUCGAAAUAGAUACAUCUGUAUCGAACAUGGUUCCUAUAAACCCAGAACUGUUGAAAAUUUUUGGUUUUUGGGGCAGUAUACUUGCUCUAAAAUUAGUAGCAAUGAUACCGCUAACUGCACGUUACAGAUUUCAAAAAAAGAUAUUUGCAAAUCCUGAAGAUGUCAAAGCGAUCCUGAAAAAUGCUAAAGUUGCUUACAAUGACCCUGAUAUUGAACGUGUGCGUAGAGCACAUUUGAAUGACUUAGAAAACAUUCCUAUUUGGUAUGUGGUCACACUUUUGUGGUUAACUACCGGACCUUCUACAUGGUUGGCUGGAAUAUUAAUCAGAACUUUUGUACUUGCCCGGAUUACGCACACACUUGUGUAUGCUGUUGUUCCACAACAACCGGCUAGAGCCAUAGCCUUCUUUUUUGGAGUGGGUACUACUGUAUACCAAGCUAUUAGUACCUUGAUAUAUUAUCUUUAAUCUGGGAAAUUUUUUGUUAUGUUUUUGUUUCUUAUCAUAUAAUUUUAUAGUUGUUAUUCCUUCAUCAUGUAUAAAUGAAUAUUUUUGUAUACAUUUAAACAUUUACAUUCCAAAUGUUAUAUACAGGAAAUGAACAUAGUACGCAGCUUACAAGAAUAAGGUAUUCAAAUAUAUUCAUGAAGUCAACUUAAUAUAUCGAUGUCAUGUUAUAAAUAUCAUGUAUUGCUAACAACUAUUUUUAUAAAAGAAUAAAUGUUUAUAAUCAUCGUACUUUUACUAAAUAUAUGUUUAAAAAUCUAA